AGGAAGUGAUCCCAGCGUGAACGAGAAGCCACCAAAUCGGGACAGCAAGAGUGAAUGACAGUGAGGAAAUCCAACGAAUGAUUUGAAGUAUUUUUAUCCAAGACUAAAAUUGAGAAAAAAUACACCAGGUCUGUUACCUACUAAAUGUGGGGCAUCAUCAGCACUUGAUUGAGAGCCGUUUUAUCAUGAAGCCCAGAUUAAGUGUUGUAUGCUUAUUCAAAAAGUCACCCUUAUUACCUGUAAGUAUAUUUCCUAAGAAAUUCCUUCUCUUAUUGACCAAAUAAUGUUCCCCCUUUAGGACUCACGCUGUUUUCAAACUCUUAAAAGGGCUAGCAAUUUUCUAAACCACAUGAAACGCUCAAAGAAAUCUUCUUCCCAAUAUCUAAGCUAUAUCAUGUUGCAGACAAGAGCCAAAACAUCAUUUUAUAAUAAAUACAUUAUGAUAACUUAAAAAGGUUCUAUCUCCCAAUACUCAUUUCAGUGAAUAGAGUUGAAUGUGUCACAGUGUAACUCUAUGGAACCUCCAUUCAAGUUAUCCAGCACACCUGUCGCUAACAGCUAUCUUCAACUCACUUCUCUUCCGCCAAUUUCUACACUGAUUUGCUCUUCACAAUGUGGCAGAGAAACCAUAUGGCGUGUCCCCUGGAUUCGUCAAUAGUGCAUUUAUUGCGUUAUGUUGGUUUUAAAAUGUCAGCCAUUGGUAAACUCGGUGAGUUUUGAGCCCUGAUCCGUGGUACUGAAGGAACAAAAUCCAAUCUUUUCCACCACACACCUUGUAUCACAUUUCCAGACCAAGCAAACCACAUUGCUACAUUUCAAACUUAAUUUGGGAAAACAAGAGCUCCAAAGAGGCUGUUAUCAAGUUCUGAACAGGGGUUUUAUCAAACUCCAAACAAACCAUUUUCUAAACAAGCUUUACUCAAGCCCUUCACAAGUCAUUGUCAUGUUCUAAACCAUCUCCAAACCACCUGUUGACCUUCUCUAAGGAACAUCCAAAAGCACUUGAUCUGUAAACAAGCUGCCCUUUUCCCCAAACAAGUUCUAAUGAAGCUGUCCUCAAGCUCUACUCUAAUGUAGAAAGAAGCUCUUCCAUUGCUGCUGUCACAUUGUAAGCUGCUUUAGAGCUCUUAAUGAGCUGUUCUUGCCUUCUAAAUAACGCUUUCAAGCCCUGAAAAAGUGAGUUAAAAGCCGUUGCCUGCUCUAAGUGGUUUGCAUACACACUAGAACUCAUUGUCUCUAAUCAGUUAUGUGUGGCAGAAAGUCUCCUACACAGUUCCAUCAUCUCCCCCCACAGUGAACUUCUGUAAAGGAUUAUGAAAUGAGAUAAAGUGUACGACUGGAGGAGCACUGCCCCCCCCCCCCCCCACCUCCACCUCCCUUUGAAGCAUGGCAGGCCUACAGCUGGUCACCCCUGCCACUUCACCCAUGGGGCCUUUCUUUGGUCUGCCGUGGCAGCAGGAGGCUAUCCAUGAUAACAUCUAUACACCGAGGAAAUAUCAGGUAGAACUUCUUGAAGCAGCUAUUGAACAUAAUACUAUCGUCUGCUUGAAUACUGGCUCAGGGAAGACCUUUAUUGCAGUACUUCUAACAAAAGAGCUCUCCCACCAAAUCCGUGGACAUUACCAAGAAAAUGCGAAGAGGACUGUUUUUCUGGUGAACACAGCUCUGACUGUAGUUCAGCAGGCAGCUGCAGUCAGGACUCACUCUGACCUCGCGGUGGGAGAGUACACAGACGUGGAGGAGAGCUCAGCAUGGACUGACCAGCGAUGGAGUCAAGAGUUAAUCCAGAAUCAGGUGCUGGUCAUGACCUGCCACAUAUUCCUUUACGUUCUAAAGAAUAAAAUCUUGCCGUUGUCUAAAAUCAACUUGGUGGUUUUUGAUGAUUGUCACCUGGCCAUCACAGAGCACCCUUACUGUGAGAUAAUGAAGCUGUUUGAGGGCUCCUCAUGCUGCCCUCGUAUCCUGGGUCUCACAGCCUCCAUUCUGAACGGGAAGUGUGACCCGUCAGAGCUGGAGCAGAAGAUCCUGAGUCUGGAGAGGGUCCUGAAGAGCAAUGCUGAGACCGCCACUGACCUUGUGGUUCUGGACAGAUAUUCCUCUCAGCCCAGAGAAGUGGUGCUGGACUGCGGCCCCUACCUGGAUAAGAGUGGUCUCUCUCAGUGUCUGCAGGAGGAGCUGGAGGAAGCGCUCCACUUCCUGAACGACUGCAACCUCUGUGUCACCAGAGAGGACCGGGACCCCACCUUCAUCUCCAAACAGAGCACUGUGUGGGUAUCAGGGGCACUGCCUUAG